CCUUCACUAUCCAGCGCUGUGCUGAUCAGACUGCAGUUAUAUUUGGAGGAAGUUGGCAGCUGGCUCCUCACGGCGAAAGGCUUUCCUCUCUCUCCGGCGGUUGGACAGUGGAAUUAUGAACACAGCUCACAGAGUCUCUAUCGCCCUGUCUUGAAGCUGUUUGUUUCGCACCCAGAGAAAUUUUACCGACCAUGGAGAUUGGAGUCUGCGUUCUCUUGGCUUUUCUCUUCCACCAGGUUGCCCAUGUGGGUGGCCAAGGGGAUGGUGGCCACGAGGGCUGUGUGCCUGGCUUCCAGGUCAAAAAGUACCAGGUGAUGUACAGAGGUCCUUUCCAAAAAGGACAACGCCUUCUUCAAGUUGAGUUUGAUGACUGUGCGGGGAAUGAGGACGUGACGUUUGGCGUGUCGGAUCCCGGCUUCCACGUGGACGGGGAUCUGAAUCUGGUUCCUCUGCGAGAUCUUCCGCACAGUGAGCCGGUCCUCUUCAUCCACGGCCUCAGCGCACAUGCAGACGACCUAGCACAGGUGGACGUCAUAGGAGCACGUGGUCGGUCAGCAGAGACACUCGGGGAUAUCGUGGGUCAAAAGCUGCCGUACAGAUCUAAGAGAUCCCUGCUGGUUCCUAAUAUAUCUAUAAGUGAGAAUGAGCGAGGUCCCUUUCCCAAGUUCAUUGGCCAGUCUCAUCUGAUUUCAACGGGGGAGCCAAGGGAACAAAUAUUCCGAAUGACAGGCCCCGGUGCUGACCAGGAUCCCAAAGGUCUCUUCACCAUUGACAUGAAUUCAGGAGCCGUGUCAGUCAGCCGCUCAGUGGACCGUGAGGCCACAGACUCCUACCAGCUGGAGGUAUCGACCACAGACUACAGUGGAAACCUUAUCGAGGGACCACAAGUAUUCAGGAUUAAUGUCAUUGACCAAAAUGACAACCGUCCCAUCUUCAAAGAACCACGGUACACAGGAGAGGUGCUGGAGGGAUCCCCUACAGGAACCACAGUGAUGACAAUGACAGCGUUUGACGCGGACGACCCGGACACAGACAACGCUGUUCUGCGCUACAACAUCGUCAAACAGUCUCCAGACAAACCUUCACCGAACAUGUUCUACAUUGAUGCAGAAAGAGGAGACAUUGUCACAGUUAUAGCUCCCACGUUACUUGACAGAGAGACCCUGCCAACCACAACAUACGAGUUAGAGAUCAUGGCCAAGGACAUGGCAGGAAGUGAGGUGGGCCUAACAGGAACAACCACUGCUACCAUUACCAUAACAGAUAAGAACGACCAUGCCCCAGAGUUCACACAUCCGCUGUUUGAAGCUCAUGUGUAUGAGGGCUCAACGGGCGUUGUGGUCAACCUGACGGUAGAUGACAGAGACGAUCCGGCCACAGCAGCGUGGAGAGCCAUGUACUCUAUAAUCAGUGGAGACCCUACGCAGAGCUUUGAGAUUCAGACCAACCCAGACAACAAUGAGGGAAUGCUGUCGGUUGUCAAGCCACUGAACUAUGAGGCGUCUGAAUUCCUCAGCCUGCUCAUCAAAGUAGAGAACGAGGAUCCUCUGGUUCCCGAUGUUGGAUAUGGCCCUAGCUCCACAGCCACCGUCCACGUCAGAGUCGAGGACAUCAAUGAGGGCCCUGUGUUCUUCCCAGACCCCCUGAUAGUCACCAGGAUGGAAAACAUCCCUGUGGGAAGCUUUGUGGCAUCACUUAAUGCUACAGAUCCGGAUAUAUUAGAGAAACAGAGUAUUAGGUAUGCUGUUCUGCAGGACCCUGCGGGCUGGCUGAGUGUGAACCCAGUCAGAGGAACUGUCAACACCUCAGCCUCGCUGGAUCGCGAGUCUCCUUAUGUCUACGACAACAAAUACACAGUCGUCUUCAUCGCCACCGAUAACGGCACUCCUCCAGCCACAGGUACCGGCACGUUGAUCAUUCACCUGGAAGACUACAAUGAUAAUGCCCCGUACGUCUUACCAUCGGUAGCACGAGUGUGCGAGGACACCUCCGAUGUGACUGUUGCUGUAGUUGGGGGCUGGGACAAGGACCUCCCACCCAACGCUGCCCCCUUUAAAAUAGAACUGGGAACACAGCCUGACCUAGACAAAACAUGGAAAGUUACCCGGGUUAACUCGACGCACUCCCAAAUCAUGCUUCUGCGCAGUCUGAAGAAAGACAACUACCAACUCCCGUUGCUCAUCACGGACUCAGGGGUACCCCCUUUGUCCAAUAAUACAGAGGUCAAGGUUCAGGUUUGCAUCUGUAAUAAGAACCGGAUGCACUGCAGCUCGGCCCACUCCCAUCGUGCCAGGUUUCUUGUGCUGCUCACAACACUCCUGCUCACCUUACUCUGCCUGUAGAUCCUGCUGAAACCUCCUGUAGUCAUUUUUUGCAACACCGAAAAGCAACGACUUAUCUCCCCCACGCAACCCGGGCUUAGGAGAGAAGAAAAAGAAGACAAAUAAGAGGAAGAAGAAGGAACGAGAAGAGGUCUUAUAAACCACGACAAAUCAAACAAGAAAAUACUGGAAAUCCCCAUCGGCCCGAGCGCUGUACAACACCACUGUGGUUUUUUUGGUUUGCUUGCUUUUUUAAACUCACUUCUCCUUCUCCUUCUCCUCAUAUGUGCUUUUCUCGUUGCAUCUGUCCUUUCCUGCAUCAGUCUUCUCUCUUCUCCUCUAUCAUCUCCCUCCUGUACUUCAUCCACUAUUGAUUAUUCCAUUUCUUUAUACAGUUUCCAUUGUAUUCCAUUUUGGCACCUCUCUUCUCUGGCAGCCAAACACUGGGUGUUGGGAGCAUUUGUGGCAACAUGCCACAUCUGUAGGAGAUACUUGAAACAACAUGUCUAUUGAUAUUGUAACAAAAACAAAAGAUAAAGAAAUCAGAUUCAUGUUGAACCACACCUUAAACCUCCGAUCUUUUCCCUAAGCUCAUUUGAAAUCUGGUAAGCUUUUAUUUUUCACCCUCUUUCCCGAUCAUUGCUCUCUCUGUUUUCUUUUCUUUUUUUUCCCUCACCCACCCACGAAUAGAAAAAUCGCUCCGAUAUCUAUCAGCGACUCCUCUCCUGCCUCCCCGUCUAUCUAUUGACCUCUCUCUGUCUCUCACUGGACCAGGAAACAUUGCAAAAGCUGAGCUACUGUCCUGGUCGGGGAAGAGCAUUGACUUUUUGAUGUGUUUCUUUCUUUUCUGGUCACAGACUGUGUUUGAUCUUGUUUCACUCUUUAAGCAGACAGAACAAAGCCUGUUUCCUUUGUCUGCAGUGGUUGUUGUCUUUUAGGACGAGGUGGUAGCCAUAAGCCUUCAAAGUCAGAAACUCUCUGGAGUCGUUUCUUCGAUUUGCUUCUGUUUUUAUUGCAUUAGUUGUCAUGGAGUGGAAAACAGUCUAUCUUUAUAGUAACGGUGUAAACCUUAAAAACAAAAAAGUACUAUUAUAAAUAUUUUAUUUUUUACCAUUGUAUAAAUAUAUACUAUUGAUUAACUUAUGUACUUUGAUUGCAAGUUCUUCGGUCGCCCACACAGUGGUUAAAUUAAAAAAAAGAGGAAACAUUUUCUGUGAAUUUUAGGCACUAUUUCUAAUGCUAUUGAUGUGUUGACUAUUUUAUUGUAACAUCUUUUUUUCUUUCCUUUCCUUUUUUGUUCCUUAUUUUAAAAUCUGUGAUUAAUUGCAGAAUCAGGAGUCGUGUUUAUAUGACUACAUUUGUGUUUAGGUUCGAUUCUGUCUCCAGUCAGUUCUGUCCUCUCCUGUUCGCCCUCUGUCUCUCAUUACAAGACACAAGAAGACGUGUACGAAGAAAACAAAGGCUGUGGUUUCGCUGGAUAGUUCUGCUUUUUUCUCUUGCGCUCAUCUAAAGAACUUAGUGUGUGUGGGUCCGUUUGGAAGACCACCUUAAAGAAAAAGAUGACAUUUUGAAUGAGUUAUGUCUGUCUUUUGCACUAAUUUAAUAAAGCCGUUACUGAAAUUCCCACAAUAUUAUUUUGGAAAUUG